AUGGAGUUCAUAUCCGGGCUGAACGCAUGCGCCUCCAACCCAGUCUUUCCCCAGCUGUCAUCCUCCAUCAUGCCUCACUUUCCAGAAGCCGCCUCUUUGGCGAUGAAGAUGCCGUCGCCGGCAUUCCAUACAAAAACACCGACGCCGUCGCUGCCCCCUCCGACCCGGCCCAACGGGUCGCUCGUCGACUUCAGUAAAUACACUUCGCCAGACCCCUUGGAACGUGCAGAAUGCCGAAGGCAGCUUUUGAGAUGUCUCACAGACGAUGGCUUCGCUCGUGUGAUCAACUGCGGCAUUUCCAACGAUAUGGUUGACGAGAUCUUCCGGAGAAGUGAGGAAUUCUUCCGGCUAGACCCGAAAUCAAAACUGGCCAUCGCCAACCCUCGAGGCCCGACGCCGCAACGAGGGUACAGUCACGUUGGCGCCGAGAAUUCAUCAUCGUUGUACGGCAAACUGGUGGGCGACACCUCGAAUGCCCACCGGUCCGAUGCUAGGGAGCAUUUUGACCAAGGUUCAGAGGCGGACGCCGAUUUCCCCAACCGGUGGCCCGCCGAGGCGGAGCUGCCUGGAUUCCGCCAGUUCAUGCAAGACUAUUACAAAGCCAGCGAGCAAGUGUGCAUGCAGCUUUUCAAAGCAUUGGAAGAAGCCCUGAAUCUCCAACCGGGCACCUUCUGCUCGCAGGUGGGCGAUGCCAGUGAAUUGCGUCUUCUGCACUACCCCAAGAUCAGUCUUCAAGAGAUCCGCUCGGGCAAGGUCAGCCGGAUCUGGCCACACUUCGACCUGGGUCUCCUGACGAUGCUGUGGGCUCGUGGUGCGACUGGGCUGGAGUUUGAGCGGCGGCGCAGGAAUGCUUCUGAUGAUGCUUUUGUUCCCGUCUCGCCGCAGGCGCCGUGUGAAUUGAUCCUGAGCACCUGUGAGACGUUCCAACGCUGGACCAAUGACACCAUCCCCGCGGCGUUACAUCAAGUCACCAUUCCGCGUCAUCUCAGGGAUGCCGAGGAGGGCUUUCUUGACGAGCGGUAUUCGGUCGCUUUCUUCUGCAAAGCCGACCGAAACGCCCUGGUCGGCUCCUUGGAGCCUUUUGUUGACCCCGUCGAAGGGCCACGUUAUCCGCCUGUAACCGCCCUGGAGUAUCACCAAAAUCGUCUCAAGGAUGCUUACUAG